AUGCUGCGUGCAUUGCGUGCGCUUCAUGCGCCUACCCUGCGCCCUAAGUACGCAGUGCGCAUGCCUGUACGCAACGGACGAUGGUCUGCGCCCACAUGCCUUUUGACGACGAGCGCGGUUCUUGCAAAGAAGAAAAAAGGCGGCAACGACAAGGCGCCGCCAGCAGAUGUUGCACCACAGCUCGACUUGGAUGCUAUGGAAAAGACGAUGAACUCGGCGUUCCAGCGAUGCAGUGAGAACGUACAGUCGAUAAUAGGAUCAUUGGGUCGUGUAGAUGCGUCUCUCUUGGAUCCAGUGCGCGUUACACUAGGGAAAAACAGUAAACCCGUCUUCCUCGACCAAGUCGCCACCGUCGGUGUGCGUGACGGGAUGCUGAUAGUCACCGCAUAUGACGAGAGUUCGGUCAAGCACAUUGAGCGUGCUAUUUACAGUGCCAAACUCGACCUUACGCCGCGUGUUGCGCAGGACGAGGAAGGCGUUGUGCUCGUGCCUGUGCCCAAACCUACCGGAGAGACAAGAACUCUAUUGGUGCAGAAAUGUGUUCAGGCAUGCGAGCAUGCAAGAGUAGCACUGCGCAAUGCGCGCCAAACCGCGCAGAAGCAAAUGAAGCACGACCUGGACAACAAGGUGGUCAGCAAAUCCGAGGCCCAGAAAGAGUCCAAAAAAUUGGAAGAGAUAUCCAAGCAGCAUAAGCUCGCCGUGGAUCGCCUGGCAUCCGAGUUGCAAAAGCGACUGCAGCACUAA